GCUGACCAGCAUGGUGUCGAAUGAAAUGGAACCCAGACCUGCGAUGGCGGAGAAGCCGGUACCAGUGGCGGCAGAACCCAAGGUUACUACACCUGCAAAGAACAGCCGCACUCAGCGCGGCGACACAAUGCCCGUGGCGUGCGUGACGGGCGAGAACACAAAGGAGGCGGCGGUGCCCCCUGACGGCGUCUGCGACUACCUCGUGUUCGCGCACGUUGCACUGGACGAGUCGAACAGCCACUUCGUCGACACCGGCCGCAACGACGAGGCGUUCCAGGCUUUCAUGAAGGCCGCUGCGCGGAGCUCGGCCACCAGGUUCCUGCUGUCGGUGAACCAGCGCCACAGCGCCGACUUCGCCUUUCAGCUCCGGGACGAGGCCCGGGCGGCCAGGGUGCUGGGCAGCUACCGCACCACGCGCAUCCGCGGCUACGGGUUCGCGCACUACGACCUCCGCGACACGGACGCCGACCAGAAGAGACUCAACACGCUGCACAAACUGCUCGUGAAUCUGCGGCGCCUGGAAGGCGGCGACGAGCUCGCAGUCUUCAUGGGUGUCCGUUUCGUCCUCGAUCCAUCUAAGCGCCAGAACCGCCUCAAGGAGCUAAUCAAAGACGUGUCCAAGUCGCUCACAUUCCUGGUGCUUAUCACGCACGUGACCCCAAGCCACACGGCAGCGAGGCAACCGUGCAUCGUGGACCCCAUCGGCAGCUGGACCAACUCCUCCUUCAACAACCAGAGCCAUUUGUCCAUGCGCGAGGCGGCCGAGCUGGUGCGGCGGCAGACGGGCGACGCGCAGCGCCAGCAGUCCUUCCUGUUGUCGUCGUCAAUGGCGGUCGUGUAUUACGACAUCGACGAGGACGCCGACAGGAAAGCCGAGCUCAAGGACGUCCCAUGCACGGGUGCCGUCGUCUCCUCGUACGCCACGGUGUGCAACAUCGAGAUGGGCUGGAAGGUGGGCGCAGAGGGCAUCGGCGACCAUGUCCGUUACGAGCAGUUUUCCGAAAUGGGCAAGUGGCGAACGUACAAGACGAGGCCGCACCUGGCAGCAGAAGCGUGCUGGCCCGCGCUGCUGGUGGUGCUUCUGCUGAGUGCCGCCCUCCUGGAAUGCGCCCCCGUAGGAGUGGCGCCGCUCUCGGAGCUCCCGCAGGACCUGCAGCAGCUGCAACAGCAGCACUCGGCUUUGCCCGUCGGCUCGCGAGCCGUCGUCAGCACCGUGAGCAGCGUCAUCGCCAUCAGCACCACAACCAGCACCAACAGCGCGGGUGGCACCACACGGUCGCCAACCUCCUCCUCCUCCUCCACUUCGAAGCCGGACACCGGCGGAGCCCUGGAAGGCUCGGCCUCGUCCACCUUCCACCUGCUGGACGAGUUCAUGGACUACAACGGCAGCGGCCAGAACCUGACCGAACCUGCCGGCAGCGGCAGCAGCUACCGCCUCGGCUACACGGUGGACACCGGCGGAAGCCUGCGCAAGUUCCGCUACGAGGAGCGCACCCCAGAGGGCGCCAUUGUGGGCGAGUUCGGCUUCCACAAGAACGACGGCGUCAUACGAGGCGUGCGCUACACGGCCGAGCCGGGAGUGCACCCGAAAGUGCUCUACGAGGCCCUCGUAAAGUUCUUCUCCUUGUGAGGCCAGGACUGAGGACGGCCGCUGCCAACGAGAGCUCCGUGCUUGCAGCCUCCCCCACCCUCCCUCGCGAGUGUUAGGGGACCUGGUUUCACCGCAUGAGCGCUGCAUGCGCAUCCAUGUGAGCUCGACGCAGUGUUCAGAUUUCGCUUGCGAGUGUCGGAGAGUGUCAGUAUUUUUCUUUUUUUGUUCCUGUCUGUGCUGCGCGACGAUGACAGAUCAGUGCUUUGCAAGAAAACGAAAGGACUGUGUCAAGCCCCGUCUAAUGUGGAGCGAAGUGGAGCAGAGACAAUGGAGUUGACCCAAAAUUUUAUUUAAUGAGAUGAACAUGGGGUUAUGAGGUUGCUUACACCACUGUCGUUCUUGCUGUGUGGAUGCACUGUUGUCGCAUCGUGUUCCCACAUGCGCAUGAGGACAUUGCAGCAGGCGAGCCGCUGACCCAGUCUGAAGGGGUGAAUUUAUGCUCCCUCUGCUAUGAUAAAAGCUUGACUCCGCGAUUACAGCUUGCUGAUGGGUUGGCGCCGAGGUGUAUUCCCCAUUUACCAUGGUUGUGAGCAACGGCUUUGUCUCGGUUCCACCAAGACUGGAAAUGAGGUUCAGAAAGCGAGUGACUGAGACGAAACGACGCAGAUUCCCUUUUUCUUUUACAAGAGAUGAAUCGUUGGGAAAAAUGACCAUGAAUGUUUCGGUGGUUUCAGUUAACCAUUCAACCUUGCGGUGUCAGCGGUUAGCCAUUACUUGUGCCGCGGGCGCGAACUAUGAUAGUUUUCUUCCGCGCAACCCCAAUUUGAGGGAAGCGUCGCACUGUGCAUGAACGAAAACUCAACGGAAAGUUUUUUCAUAGUUGACAAGACGAACGCCGAUACCUUACACUAGCGCUCAAGGCCACUGUUAUGGUUACCGUCAUAGUGACCCAAGUGAGAGUAAGAUCGCCGAAGCAUUGCCAUGCAUUUUUGUUUCCUAACGAAGAGGCAGGAUAUCCUUUAAUAAUUCUUUGCCACUGCCAUUAUGUUGCUUCUUUCUGGCACUUCUAAUUAGAUGAGUAGGGGCGUAACUCGGCCUUGCCUGUGCAAGAUAACAGGAACGGCCGUAUAUUCAUUCGGCAUUUUUUUAGAACAUUGUGAAUGGUAAAUAGUUGCGGCUCCUAAAGCAGAUUUUAUCAGGUGUCUUUGACCGAUUUUCCCGCUGCUAAAUGUUUUUGUUUUGUUGUUGUUAAAUAGCAGACAAAAGUCCGGUCCUGCCCUUGAGUUGACGCGUAGUCGAAUGUAUUUUUGAACAUUGAAUUUCGUAGAUAUGCUUUGUGAUGAAUUACAGCUUAAAAUUAGGAGUGAUGAAAUACACGACUAAGGUCGAGCAUAUGAAAGCUAGGCUAACGGGGAGUGUUCUGUGGGUAUUUUUACUGUAACAUGUCCAAUGCUCGUCCAUGCUGAUCAAGUAUGUUGUAUAAGACGCCGGCAGAACGGUUACUGAGGUAGUGAGAUAUUUAUUCUUAUUAUAGCCUGCUAAGAAGAACGACGUUUAAUUGCAAUAAAGAAAAGAAAGAAAGUGAAAAGCGCCCAGUACAGGUUGCUGACGUAUAUGUAACGACGGCGUUUAUUUUUAAAGAAAAGUAUGCAUCUGCGAUUUUAUGAGAUAAAUAAAGGUUAUCACACGUA